GCCCUGGAAGAAGACUCUGGGCGGGAGCUGAAUCUGCCUUAGCUCCUCUGAGGGACUGUUGGCAGGGCCCCUUCCCCUCGCACUGCAGACUCCUUCCCCACCACGGAUUCGGGAUGGUUCCUUGCCCCUGCACCCUUGCGCCUCCGGCUAACCCUUCCUCUCCAAAGAAGAGCCCCACCUCCCCAGAGCAAGGGUUUGGCCUGUGCUAUUUCUGUCCUUUCUGGGAUUCUUCUGAGAACAGAUUCCUGUUUUCGGUCUGAUUCAGAUGUGAAACUUUUCCCGUGGCCUCUCACCCGGUUGCUGUGGGCUGGUCUGUGCCUCAUCACUCCCCGCUUCUUCCCACCAGGCCCCUCCUGUUCCCCUCCCCAAAGUUCUCUCUGGUCAGUCGCCCAGUUCUGCAGAGACCUGGAGAAGGAAGUCAGGGGCCCAAGAGGGAGCCAUCCCCCUCAAGGGCCCGGGGUCCCCGGGGCAGCAUUCUGGUACUCUGAAGUAGGAAACUGAUUCCCAUGGCAAACCCUGUUGCUGUGCAGAGGAGCCACCUCCAGGGCCCCAUCCUCAGGCUGCGCUACAUGGUGAAGCAGUUGGAGAAUGGGGAGGUAAACAUUGAGGAGCUGAAGAAAAACCUGGAGUACACGGCAUCUCUGCUGGAGGCUGUCUACAUAGAUGAGACGCGGCAAAUCUUGGACACGGAGGAUGAACUGCAGGAGCUGCGGUCAGAUGCUGUGCCUUCUGAGGUGCGGGACUGGCUGGCCUCCACCUUCACCCAGCAGGCCCGGGCCAAAGGCCGCCGAGCAGAGGAGAAGCCCAAGUUUCGGAGCAUUGUGCAUGCUGUGCAGGCUGGGAUCUUCGUGGAGAGGAUGUUCCGGAGAACAUACACCUCUGUGGGACCCACCUAUUCCACUGCUGUCCUCAAGUGUCUCAAGAACCUGGACCUCUGGUGCUUUGAUGUUUUUUCCUUGAACCAGGCAGCAGAUGACCAUGCACUGCGGACUAUUGUUUUUGAGUUGCUGACUCGGCAUACCCUCAUCAGCCGCUUUAAGAUUCCCACUGUGUUUUUGAUGACUUUCCUGGAUGCUUUGGAGACAGGCUAUGGGAAGUAUAAGAACCCUUACCACAACCAGAUCCAUGCAGCUGAUGUUACGCAGACAGUCCAUUGCUUCUUGCUCCGCACGGGGAUGGUGCACUGCCUGUCAGAGAUCGAGGUCUUGGCCAUCAUCUUUGCUGCAGCCAUCCACGACUAUGAGCACACAGGCACUACCAACAGCUUCCACAUCCAGACCAAGUCAGAAUGUGCCAUCCUGUACAAUGACCGCUCGGUGCUGGAGAAUCACCACCUCAGCUCUGUUUUCCGAAUGAUGCAGGAUGAUGAGAUGAACAUUUUCAUCAACCUCGCCAAGGAUGAGUUUGUAGAGCUGCGGGCCCUGGUCAUUGAGAUGGUGUUGGCCACAGAUAUGUCCUGCCACUUCCAGCAAGUGAAGUCCAUGAAGACGGCCUUGCAGCAGCUGGAGAGGAUUGACAAGUCCAAGGCCCUGUCUCUACUGCUCCACGCUGCUGACAUCAGCCACCCCACCAAGCAGUGGUCAGUUCACAGUCGCUGGACCAAGGCCCUCAUGGAGGAAUUCUUUCGCCAGGGUGACAAGGAGGCAGAGCUGGGCCUGCCCUUUUCUCCGCUGUGUGAUCGCACUUCCACACUCGUGGCACAGUCCCAGAUUGGGUUCAUUGACUUCAUUGUGGAGCCCACGUUCUCUGUGCUGACCGAUGUGGCUGAGAAGAGUGUCCAGCCCCUGGCAGAUGAGGACUCCAAGUCGAAAAACCAGCCUAGCUUCCAGUGGCGCCAGCCUUCUCUGGAUGUGGAAGUGGGAGAUCCCAACCCUGACGUGGUCAGUUUCCGCUCUACCUGGACCAAAUACAUUCAGGAGAACAAGCAGAAGUGGAAGGAACGGGCAGCAAGUGAGACUUCUGGCCCCGACUUGCUUCACGCGCCCCUGCAGGCAUCACCAACCAGAUGUCCGUUGACGAGCUGCCCCCCUGUGAGGAAGAGACCCCGCCCUCCCCUGCCGAAGAUGAGCACAACCAGAAUGGGAAUCUGGACUAGCCUGGGGCUGGCUCGGGUCCUCACUGAGUCCAGAAUGUUCUAUGUCAUCAGCACCAUUCAUCGGGACCGGCUCCUCCAUUUGCCAAGGGCGUGUGGAGGUUGAGGAAUACACAACCCACCCGAAAGCCAAAUGCCAGAGAUUGUGGGGUUGGGGGACACCCAUUGGGGCGCACUUUAAUCUCCCAGCAGCAAGGCUGGGGAACUUCAGGCUCCCAGUGGUCACUGUCCCCACUCCCCUGCGUCUGGACUCCCAGCAUGGCCAGAUGGCUGACUGGGAGGGGCAUGGGGGAGGGUGGGAGAUGCCAGCCCCCUGGGCCCUCCCCCAUCCUUUUUGCCUCCAAGUUUCUAAGCAAUACAUUUUGGGGGUUCCCUCAGCCCCCGACCCCAGAUCUUAGCUGGCAGGUCUGGGUCCCCCUUUCCUCCCCUGGGAGGGGCUGGAAUAGGAUAAAAAGCUGGGGAUUUCAGAGCCCUGUGUUUGAAGAGGGGAGUGGCUCCUUCAGGGCAUGGUACCUUUCUAGGGCCUGGAAUGCGGGGGACAUCCUCUUUACCCCAGACCUGCUUCAGCCCCAUCCUCAGUCUGAUGCCCCUGCAACCUUCCCUCUUCCAUUCUAAAAUGACCAUGGGGAAGAGAGGAGCCGCUGGGACCAGGGGCUGAGUGGAGGCCUUUCCUGAGGUCCUCAAGAAUUUGGGUUUGGUCUAGGCUCCUGGGGCUUGUCACCUGCUCGGCUGCUCCUGAGCCUUUGCCUCCUUCCUCUCCUCUGGGGCUGGGAGGCUACCAUCUGACCAGUGUCUGUAAAGUGCUCUGAGGUCCCCCCAGCCAAGCACCUUCAGGAUGCAUCAGCACAGGCAGGACAGACUACUGGGGUUGGGGUCUGGGGUGCAUGGGGAGGAUGAGAUGUAAGCCAGUAAUCCUGUGUUGCUAACAGAGGGUCCUUCCCCUCUCCCCAGCCCUGGCCCAACUACAGGCACCAAGAGGCCCCUCACUUGUGGGGGACAAGGUGGGCAUGGUAUGUAGAAGGCAGAUGGUGAGGGGCUCAGGGCUGCUGCUGUCCUGUCCUCUAAGAGAUGCCAGCCAGGCCCUUCCUCUCUUCAGGCUCCUCUGGCCCCACCUGCCCUGGCCCCGGAAAGGCCCAUGUCCAGGUGACUGCCCUCCUUUCUUGUAAAUAGCCAACCACACAUUUGUACAGUGGGCCCUGUUUGUGUGAAGUUCAUAUCCAUGGUCUCUUAGACCAGCCACCUGAUACUUGUCCCUCCUACCCCACCCUGAGUGGGGCAGAGACGCAUGUGACUCACCUCUGCCCUUGGUCUCCCAGAACCCUGCUAUAGCCAGAGAUCAAUAAAGAAGGGAGACCAGG